GUCUCCAGAACUACAAUGGCCAAGCGCACCAAGAAGGUGGGGAUCGUGGGUAAAUACGGCACGUCGUUCAGGAAGAUGGUGAAGAAGAUUGAGAUCAGCCAGCACGCCAAGUACACCUGCUCCUUCUGUGGCAAGACUAAGAUGAAGAGGAGGGCAGUUGGUAUCUGGCACUGUGGGUCCUGCAUGAAGACUGUUGCUGGAGGCGCCUGGACACACAACACGAAGUCUGCAGUCACGGUGAAGUCGGCCAUCAGGAUACUGAAGGAGCUGAAAGACCAGUAGACUGUUACCGGAGAA